AAAAAAGCGCCGCCCGAGAACACGGGCUCCUCCCACAGCCGCCGAAGGAGGUGGCGGUUUGUGGAAUGGGUGCGCCUGCGCAAUGGGAGGAGGUAUUACCACGACCCCUUCCCUUCCCCACCCUUUGGGCCCGCCCCCUGUUUGCCUCCCGCGGAGGGGCCCCUUUAAAGGCAGCGGCGGGGGCCCGCUUGCCCUUGUCGUCGAGCCAUUGGGCAGCAGCUUCCCUCCUCCUCCUCCCUUUGCUCCUCCCACCCCUUUUUCCCCGCCCUGCCGCGUCGACGCCCUUCAGUUUUCCCCCCUCUCAGAGCGGCGAGCGCCAGCCCAGCGUCUCCCUUGCCCUUUUGCCGCCGCUGAGGUAAACCGCCGGCCGCCCCCCCUCCGCCCCACGAGCCCCUUUUCGCCGCCGCAACCAUGUACCGCUGCCUCGGGGAGCUCCUGGCGCCCGUCCGCGCCGCGGGCUCGCCGGCGCUGUCCGGCGCGGAGCCGUGCGCGGCUGCCCUGCUGGCGGGGAGCGGUCCGGGGAGGAGGAGGGCGACGACGACGACGAGUCGGGACGACGGCGGGCGCCGCCAAUACAGCCAAGCGGUGUCGGCGUCGGAGGACGACCCCAACUUCUUCAAGAUGGUGGAGGGCUUCUUCGACCGGGGCGCCGGCAUCGUGGAGGACAAGCUGGUGGAAGGGCUGCGCACCCGCGAGAGCCCCGAGGAGAAGCGGCACCGCGUCCGCGGCAUCCUGCGCAUCAUCAAGCCCUGCAACCACGUGCUCAGCGUCUCCUUCCCCAUCAAGCGGGAAAACGGCGAGUGGGAGGUGGUCGAGGGCUACCGGGCGCAGCACAGCCAGCACCGCACCCCCUGCAAGGGAGGUGAGCCUCGCCUCCCCGAAUACCCACCUCCUCCUCCGCUUAUUUCCGUGCGCGGCGUAAUGUUUUCUCAAAACUUGGGUUCUUGUAGGACUACAGUUCCCAUCGUCCCUGACCACUGGUCCUGCUAGCUCUAGGGAUGAUGGGAGUUGUAGUCCGACAAGAGCCGAGAACCUAAGUUUGAGAAACGCCAGCAGUGUGUUGUAAUAUGGCCUGGGGGACCAGAGUUCGAAUGAGCCACGAACCUCGCUGGGUGGCCUUGAGUUUAACUGCUUCUUUGGGGAUCACUCCUAGCCGAGUAGAAUUGUCUUCCAUAAACACGGUUUUUACAUCAAGUCCUACCUCACAGGGUUGUUGGAAGGAGAGGAACCGUGCACACCGCAUUGAGCUCCUUGGAAGAAGUGGUGGUGUACUGUAUAAAUAAUAAAAACCACCUCGCCAAGCUGCUUGGUUUUCUUCCUCCCGAGUUGAUUGAUGCGCCUCCCUCUCUGAAUGGCUCUACCUGAGCCCCAAUGCAGAAAAAAAAGGCCAUCUCAAAGCCUGUUCAUUAAAACCAAAGAAAACAAGAGGGAGUGGGGAACCCUGAGUCACAAUGAAUGGGAAACAGCAUAGUCCCAGCCAAGAUAACUAGCGCUGUAUUCUGUGUCCCAGCCAAAAUAACUGUGUAUGCAUUGUGGCUUGGAAAGUGCACAGUGUUUGAAGUGGCGCAUGACUCUUAGCUUUUUUUUUUUUUGCAGCAGCAGCAGUGGACCACUGAAGGGGGUAGCCCAGAGAUGAGUUUUCCUCAUCAGUAACUUUAGCAAAGUAAAUGCCUUCCUACCAUCUUCCCCAUCAACAUAGUCUGGAGUUACCGUAUGCAUUGGGUGUGUGUACACCAUGUACUUUGCUACUGAAGUAAACAGGUCUGCUGAGUGGGUUAGCUGUAAUGUAGUCAUUGCCCCCUUGAGAGCUUUCCCUUCUAAUAUGACUAUUGUGGUUUCAACAGCUUAAAAAAAGAUUAGUUUUGUGCCUGUUUACUUAGGAGUAAGUCCCGUGUAACCCAAAAGAACUUUGGAGUAAACCUGCAUAUAAGAUGAGGCUUCUUGGAUUAGGUCACUUGCCACAUACGUGCUCAGCACUUAAUUUAUCACAAUCAAUUAUUGUACCUGGGAUGACUCCAUUAGAAAGUAUAGUUGUUAACAGGAAGUAUCAUAGUACUGAAUUUGUAUGUAACCUACCUUCCUGUGGUGUAUGUGAUCGGGGAUUCCACUUAUUUUUAGCUUUGUAACAGUAUGUUAAAGUAGUUUGGGAUGAGAGAGACUGACCCAUGAUCACCUGGUGAGGUGUGUGUGUUUUUGUGUCUCAGAUUCUCUCAUUCUAAAUAUGUGAUGUCUUCUUUGCAUCUGCCAAGAAAUGACUUGCUGAAGUCAUCAGAAGCUGAAAGUGAAAGUGGGAGCAAUCUCUUAACUGGUGAAGUUGGCACAGAACAAAGAUGUGAAAAGCUCGCCUGCUAAAUUUCUGCCGACCAGGCAGUUUUACACUUGCAAAGAAUAAAAUACAUGACAACUAACUAUUUUGUGCAGGCAAAUGUGUGGCUAGCCUGGCUGCCAUGUUGGCAUCACUGGCAUCAUGAAGGGAAUCUGCAUCGCAAGCAGAAGGUCCGAGGUUCAAUCCCAGGCAUUUCAAAAUAUGGUUGGGAGAAACUUCUACCUGAAAUCCUGGAGGGCCACUACCUCUAUAAGGCAGCUUCCUAUGUUCCUAUUUUCCACAGUGCCUUGGAUCUUGCACUGUUUGGGGGUAUUGUGGAAGAGAAAUGGCACCCACCACAAAAAAUAGUUAAGAAUAUUCGGAGAAACCUCUGCAGUGGGCUCUUUCUAAGCAGUGAAGGGAGAAAUAUUUUAAAAAUUCCCUUUAAAAGCUGAGAAAUUCAGCUUUGCUGUAAUAGUACAUACCAAGAGUACAUACCUUCUCCAGUUUUGAAACUCUCAUUGUUCUAGGCUCAUUUUGCUACAAUUUCAUUACCCUGAGCAGUUUCUGAAUUCUGGGCGCAGUACUACACCUAAGAUUUCAGAUUAAAAGUAGGAGGAAAGGAGGACCUUUUUCUGCCUCUCCACUUCCAACUACUCUCUGAAGACUCUGAAGAGACCCUCUUAAGAAUAUUAGGGAGGUUGGCAGGAGAAGGACUAGACCAGGGGUCAGCAAGGUUACCUCGCCUGAACCAGUACACUCCAGCCGAGAUCCCUCCGUGGGCCAGAUCGCAUGAGCGCCCGUGCCCAUGAUGUCCUGUGUCUGUGCAGAUGUCUUUUCCGGCAUCUAUGUGUGCGCAGACGCACAGAUGCAAUUUUUGGUGCAGCGGAAGCAUGUUCCUACCCCGUGCUGUGCUGGUUUAGUGCUGCAUGCAGGGACUUGCCGAGCGGGCGGCUCAGUUCGGGGGUGGCUUGUGGGCCAGUUAAACAACCCCCGUGGGCCACUUGUGGCCCAUGGGCCUUAGGUGGCCAACACCUGGACUAGACUAUGUGAAAAAUGAACAUAAUAUUUUAGCUCCAGUUCAUUCAUUUUCAGCUUUGUAUUCUUGUUAUAAAAAAAGCACGCCUAGACAUUCCGUUGUUGCGCCCAUAACCUAGGUUUAAGGUGCCAUUUAGCUCCUAGCUUUCAUAUCUCAGUUUCUAACACUGGUCUUCUUUCCUACACUUCUUACAGAAAUUGUUUUCUAGUUUGCUAACUACAUAAAGUGUAGAAUUCUUAUGUGCUUUUCCAUAAUUGUUUCCAUACCACCUAUAUAAUUUAAGUAAUUACUAUUUAAAAAUUGCUCCUUCGGGAGUAGUCAUAUGCUGUAUAGUAGGCAGUCUCUCCUGCAGAAGAACUUGUCUAUGAUGUACAUACUCCAGCACCAUAUCUAUAUCCAUGACGCUGGGAGUAAAUGUGCCCCGAGGGUAUGUAGGAUGGAAGUAAUUGUUUGUGCCUUGGGAGGCAACACUUAAUUUAUUUGGGAAUGGAGGAGGAAAUACUGUUUCCUAAGGCAAACUGUUGAGUAAUCCUGUAGGGAUUAUUCAGUAUUAGGUGCCUCACUCCACACAUGAGAACAUACGCUCAUAGAAGACAGAGGAGUAGAGCUUUGGCAUUUAUCAUUAAGUUAAAUAAGUGCCUUUUAAUUUUUUUGUCUGCUUGCUUGUGUGAUCAGGGUAGAACUAUAAUGCAAUCAUAUACAUGUUUACUCAGAAGUAAGACUUUCAGCAUGGCUUAUUCUUGUGACAUCUCAUAAGUUCCAUGCAGAUUAGCUGAGGAAGCCAAGGAUCAGAAAGGGGACAAUUUGCAUCCUCCUGAGGAGGCUUUGUGGAGAGGUGUAAACGUGUCUGCCCAGCACUGAAACUACUUUAAUAAAAAAAUAGAUAUUUGGGCUGCUGUAGCUAGAAAAACAUAAUUGGGGUGGGGGGCAUAUUAGACCAUAAUGCAUGUGGCAGUCAGUUGCCUAAGGGCAAAUCCUGCAAAAACGUAAGAACUCUAAAAACAUCCUUUCUAUGGUAUUCUGUGCUCCUGAUGAGGUUACAUUGGUACAAAGGUUGUUAAGGUGCAUUUUGGCAAUCGGAGAAUUUAAUCUCUUGUUCCGAAAGAAAAUCAUUUCAACAUUUUUCCUCAUCUCAGCCCUAUGACAACUGAACUUCCUCCAAAUUCUUGCAGCAGCUCACCACAGACUUCUUUCCUGUUGAGUUUUAUAAAAAGAUCCUUUGUGGAGUAGAGGAACUUAGUGUACAAAGUUUCAAAGAAGCUGGUUAUUUAUUGGGAUUGUCCUCCUUGAAGCUUCUGUGAUUUUUGCUUAAUCUACAGUGGCUGUAUCGGCCUCAGAUGCAAGUACAAGAGUUGUUUGGUAUGCCAAAAUCAUGCUCUAAGUUUGGUAAUACAGAACAGUAUGUAUGUUUAUUCUUCAGACGGUGGAGUUUACAAAAGAAAUUGAAACAUCCAGAUAAAUGCUCAGUAAAUCUGAAUAACAAAUGGAAAGGAAAUCCUAUAAUACAGCAUAUAAAUACUAGCAGAACCAUAUCUAACGUAAAUCUUUUCCAAAAUUGGUUAACAUCACAUGAUUGUACGAAUAAUAGUGAGUAAAAUAACUACUCCUUUGGAAGAGAACUGAUUUAUCCUUUAGUGACCAGAUAUUAUGGUGAAGAUAACCUAAGAGAUGCACAAAGCAACUGCUGUAUUCUGCUUGCAGCUCCUAUGUCUUGCUGACAUAGUAGUUUUGCAGUAUUAACUUUUUUCAGUGUUUUAUUGAGUAGCACCUAGUUACCAUACAGUAUUGCACAAGAAGCUCGGUUAGGUUCGAUUGGCUUAUGUGUAAAUGCAACUGAGAUCCUAAAAUCCCCAUUCUACACUUUAGUGACCUGCUCCAUACUCAAGUUUCCCCAGAGUUGGGAAGUCAUAAUUCCUAUGAUUUUCAUGCAUUAGUUCAACAAUUUCUAUGUAGAGAAAACAGUAUUAGUGGUAGAAAGUCAGCUGAGAAGUAGUGAUGUUGCAUAUAUGUAGCUUUGUAGUGACUGCUGGAGGUGGUAACCAAAUGUAUAUCAUCCCUUGGGUAAGUUUAAGUCAUGCCCCUAGCUCCCUUUCCCUCCAACUCUUUGUCUGCUUCAUUUGUUACUUAUUUGCAAUUAUUAAAAACUUAGUAAGUUUAAAUUUAAAAAGUAUAUGGAAGGAGUGGGAUAGUGAGCUAUGUAGUGAGUAUGACAAAAAGCACAGAUCCAGUUGUUUGUGCCACCCAUACAGCUGCCUCUUGAGAUGCGUAGUUUCCCCAAGUUAGUAAACUAAGCUCCAGAUGUCCAUAAUGUGCCCUAGAGUGGGAAGUACCUAAUACUUUUGAUAGGCUUGCUAUGAAAGCUUGUUGCUGCUGGUUGACUCCUUGAAAAAUAAAAUCUUGCAUCCCAGAGGAGACCUCUUUUGUAAUAGGAUCCAGACAGUUCCUUUAGGGGCUUCCAAAAGUUUGUGUGCAUUCAGGGAGAUUUGGGACAGCUGUGAAUAUCUGACCCUUUCCCCACAUCAAUACUACUUUUUAAGAAAAAAUAAUAGUGUGGGGUUUACUAGUAGAAAAGCCCAUGCCCAAAUAAAUCCUCACUGUUCAGCUAGGGAUGGUGUUCACAUCCUGCCUGGACACCUGACUGCAGAAGUCUGACCGUUAUAUCCUAGUACUUGGAAAAGCUAGAAGCAAAGCUUUUUAUGACUUCACUGCUGUGUACUGACAGAUGUUCAUAUACUGAUUCUUAAUAUAGCAUUGAUAAUUCAAGGAAGAUUUACUUAGAAACACCAGUAUUGGGGCCUACUUAUGAUUUUAAAAAAUAUAUACGCUCGAUCCUUUGGGGUAGAUAGGAUAAAGUAAAUGUUUGAGCUUCAAGUAGAUGCUUGGAUAAUAAACAAAAUUUGGCUUUGGCUGUUUGCUGUCAGCAUAGCUGAAAGAAAUCAUUAAUCUAGGACGGAACAACUACUAAGCUGAAAGAUAAGACCUGCUGUUUACCAGGAUCAGUGUUAAAUACUCAGAAGAUUAAAGUCAAAAGGUCAAAAGUGGUGGAUUUUUUUAAAGGUUUGCAUACAUUGAAAUGUUAAUCAGUCAAAGGAUUUUGAAUUAUUUUUAUUCUUUACUAAGGUUAUGAUGUCACACGUUCGGUGAAAAUUAGAGUGCUUCACUUGUUAAUUUUUCUAAAAACAAAGGUUUUUUCAGCUACUUGAGGCCCUGUAAUUGGAGAUUCAAGGCCACUGAGUUUGGAACAUUCUGCAUGCAAAGCAUGUGAUCUACCAUAGAACUGUUGGUCUUUUAAGUAGCUCAUACUGAGCAUUUAUGUAGUGCUUCUAGGGAAGCAGUUUUCAAGCUCUCUUUUGUUGUUGACAGCUUGGUAGUCUUGGUGGACCACUUUAUAAACAUUUUUCUUUCAUACCAACAUCAUUACAACCAGUGCUGUAGUAUGAAAAUUACAGUGCGGGACUUGGACCAAGUUGCUGAGAAGGUCCCCUUCUGGUAAUUAUUAUUUUUUGUUUGGCAGAAAGUAGUAAACUGCAUCAAAGGAAAAUCAUAAGCUCUAGGGGAGGGAUAAGCAAGCUAAGGCCCAAUUGCCUUCUCAGUCCGGCCCAAGGACAGUUCGGGAAUUGGCGUGUUUUUACAUGAAUAGAAUGUGUGCUUUUAUUUAAAAUGCAUUAUUUGUGGGGCAUAGGAAUUCAUUUUUCUUUUUUUUCCCAAAAUAUAGUCUGGCCCACUACAUGGUCUGAGAGAUGGUGGACUGGUCCAUGGCUGAAAAAGGUUGCUGACCACUGCUCUAGGGGCUACAGUGCCUUGUUUGCUUAUUGGAUAAAUUUGUCCCUAGACUAAAAGCACUUACCCCCAUCUGGGCGGGGGGAGGGAAUCAUUGUACAGAAGCAGCCUUUCCAUCACUCACCAGAAUCGUGCUCACACACGGAUGAUUCAUAGACCACAAUUUGAGAACCUUCUAUGGUGAUCAAAGUACUUUAACACAUUAUCUUAAUAAUCUAAAAAACUCUGUAAGAUAGAUAGCAUUGCCAUAUCAGAGCUGGCAUACUGAGACAUAGUAAUGCACCUAGUGAUUUUGUGGUUUGAAGCAACAUGGUGUUCUGACUCUCCCCCCCCCCAACUCUCACAUAUGCACACCCUGCUCUACCAUACUUGUGGUGGGAAGCAGAUAGAAACUGCUGGGUUCUUUUUUAAUGCAUGGUACUGCUUACCUGUAGGAUAAGGGAAUUGCAAAUGCUCUAUAUAAGUGACUAAUAAAAGAAAUCCUGUUUGAUGUAACACUUGGCACAUAAUGUAAUUCAUUAAUACAAAUAAUAUAAUUUAUAUAAAAAGUCAUCAUUUAUAUAAAGAAAUGCAAAAAUUUCCCAAGAUCUCACUUUGCCUGUUUGACUGCGUGCUUCAAGGCGGUGCUUAACGAGAAACUACAGCUGUUCUUGUUAAUCAUAUAGACAGCUGCCUAGAGAACUAAAUGUAUCCACUACAGGAAGUAGGAGUUAGCAAUGUGCAACAAACUUCUGACUCUGUCUGUACUUCUCAUAGCAAAAGCUUGUUAGACCAACAGAUUCUGGGCCUGAAAGUAAACUCUUGAUCCUAUAGUGAUGAACAAAUCUGUGCUGAUUCUUUUGUCAGCAAUAGUAGAUGAUUGACUUCGGAUCCUGUUCAAACAGGGGAUCUUAAAUCCUGUCAGCCUUGCAUAUUGGUAUGUAAUAUAUUUAAAGUCGUAGCAGUUUUAACCAAUACUAGAUUAAUAACUGCAAGUGUCUCUCUUGGAUCACAAACAUAAAAAUUAAACUACCUAUGGUUACUUGUUUCUAACUACAUAAUUUUAUAUCACUUGCUACCUUUUGAAUUACUGCUGUUAUUUAAAUCUCAAAUGCUGUUUGUUUACUCAGUGAACCAUAUAUUCUUUAUAGUGUGCAUAAAACAAAACAAAUUUGGAAAUACUAGUAUAAAGGUAGUUUGUCCUCCCAUGAAUCUGCUGAACAAUUAAAUCCUAUAGAUUUCUAGUAUGGGCCCUAGCAUUCUGAACUUUUUGCCUUCUCGUCCAUUCUUAAAUUGAAUUUGGCCCCAAUAAAGUGAUGCCCGUGUAUGUUGGCAGUCAUGUACUUUUCAUAUUGCACUAUACAGGUUUUUUUAAAAAAAUGUAUAUAAUAGGGAAACUCUAAAGACAAUUUCAGAUUGGCAGACUCCAGUGUGAUUCUUUAAUUCACUGAUGACACGACUUGUCCUUAUGUCCUGAGGGGUAUUUUAAUGCCAUUUCUUACCUGUUGCCUAACAAGAUGUUGGCUGUCCCUUCCCUAAGGCUGUGUAGAGGCUGCUGCAAUGGACAAUAGUGAUCUGACACUUCGUUAGCUUCAUACGAUUAGUUUCAUAUGGUUAUGAGUGGUAGUGGUACUUACGGAACAUGAGUCAUAAAUUAGUGAUAAGUGUACAUGGGACUUUCUGUAUGAAAAAAACAAGUCCAAGAAAGAUUCAUCUUUUGAGACCUUGAAGAGCUGUUGCCCGUCAGAGUAGAUAGUGCUGUGCUAGAUGGUGCAUUAGUCUGACUUUGUAUGUGGCAACUUCAUUUGCUCAUGUCAUAAACCUAAGCAGAAGGGCCCUGCUGGAUCAGGUUGAAAACCCAACUAGUCCAACAUCUAGUUCUCACUAGCCAGAUGCCUAUGGAAAUCCCACAAGCAGAAACAAAUUGGCCAACUUGUUUUGUCCUGUGUUCAUACUUAGAAGGUUCUUAUUGUCAAUGCAACCAUCUUCACUUUUCCUUUCAAUUAAGAUUUUAUUACUAAAAAAUACCUAAUGUGUAUAUAGCAAUGUCUAAAUAGUAAUAAAUCCAGAUCACUCAAGUGUGGCUUGGUGUUGUAUAGGGAAACCAAAUACAGUGGUACCUCAGGUUAAGUACUUAAUUCGUUUCAGAGGUCCGUACUUAACCUGAAACUGUUCUUAACCUGAAGCACCACUUUAGCUAAUGGGGCCUCCUGCUGCCACCAUUAUGUCCCCAUCAUUGCCAUUUAUUGUCACUUAAACUUGGUUACCUUUUAAAUGAUCCCUCUUUCUCUACUUUCUUAUGUCUGUGAUGCGUGUAGCAAUAUAUGUUACUUUAAAAAAAAUCUUUUUCUUUUGAGAGUAGCUAACCUAGUUUGGGUGUGUUGAUAUGGAGACAGCCAUAGGGGAAAAAUAUGUGAAAUAUAUAUUUUAAAACUCUAUAGUUUAUUCUUCCUUUCAUAAGCAGAAGUCACAGGAUUGCUCUCAAGUUUGCUGAUGAUUCCAGAGUAACUUUCACUACUGUUCCAUUGCAAAGGAGGUGAAUCAGUUGUUAAUAAAUCACAAUGUCUUUCUAAGUUAACUUGCAUUUUUGGGUGUGCCAGGGAAGGAAAAUCCCUAAACAAGUAAGAUUCUUUGCUGGUUCAAGUGGAAAGUAUUUUGCAUAGCUAUGAGUCAUUUAAGUCUUUUACAGAAAAGCAUCUUGUCUCCUCGUCUUUGAGUUUUAGGAGUUAUAACAGUAUUGUGCACAACCAAAUAAGAAAUGUUAACUUUGCUGUGUAACUUCCAUGUAGGGGCCUUACCCCUGCCCUUCAGCACUUUUCCAAUGGAGCUCUUUGUUUAGCUUCAUGAAACAGUGGGUAGUUUUCAUAGCUUCCUUGAUUAAAAACAAAGUAUCAGUGAGCUAUCAGUAACAAGAUCCUCCUGCCAUUUAGUUUAUUUCUUUUUAGUCUCCUGGUGUUCCGUCAAACAGAUACUGCCAAGAUACAACAUUUUAACCUUUUUGGUAUGCUGAUGCAACACAUUGGGCUGUUUAAAAUUACAUGUCAUGUUGAUAAACCUAGAUGCAUUUCCAAAUGCAUACAAUAUAGUUAUUUCCCUUCUUUGCUGAUCGGGAACAAAGACUGAUACCUUCACCAGUGAUUUGACUGAGAGGUUAUUUGAACCACUGUCUCCCCUAGUCCCAGCUUGACUUACAGGUGAUAAUUUUGCAGGUACUUUGAGAUGGUGUUGCAGAGCUAAGCUGCUCAUUGGCGCACACGUUCUUUGUGGCCCAUCAUGGUCUCUUGUCAAACUAGUGUGCAGUUUUCUGUAGUACUUCAAAUGGGAGUUGGGAAAAGCCAUAGCAAGCUCCUAGCAGUUGUUACCACUACAAUCUAUAGGGGUGGCGGUUUGCUGUGGAAUCUUACUCAGUAGUUGAGUUGAAUGGGUGAGUAGUGAUGAUGAUGAUGAUGAUUUAUAUACCACUCUAUGCCCACAGGCCUCAGGGUGAUUCACAAAAUAAAAUUGCAAUAUAAAAACAUAGACUACAUAAUCCUAAUAAAAACAGAAACCAAAUAACACCCCCCCAUUUUUUAAGGGCAUUGGAUGACAAUCAACCAAAGGCCUGGUUAAAGAGGAAUGUUUUUGCCUGGCACCUAAAAGUGUAUAAUGUAGGCACCAAGGGAACCUCCCUGGGGAGAGCAUUCCACUGCAAACAAAGGCCCGUUCUCAUGUUACCACCCUCCGCACCUCUCAAGGAGGAGGCACACGAAGAAGGGCUUCAGAAAAUUAUCUCAGGGUCCCGGUAGGUUCAUAUGGAAAGAGGUGGUCCUUGAGGUAUUGCAGUUAUGAACAACUAGCUUCCUUGCACAGAAUACCUGAAGCAGUUUUCUAGGCUCUUUUAAGUACAGUAAAGUCUAUACUUGCUGAUAUUUAUACAUCCACAGCACUUUAAACAUAAAGAUAUGUGGCUACUUAACUCCUACAUAUCAAUGCCCCGCCAUUUCAUUAUUUAUUGUCCAUUUCCAUUUUUGCUAUAUGCACUACAGCUGCAUAUAGCAAAUUUUAUUUUGUCAAUAUGCUUUGACAAGCAUAUUUUAUUCGUUUUACUUAGAGAUGGAAUUGAUUGCACAGAAGCUGCUUGCACUCUGGACUAGUCAAAUUCACCACUCCAUUGACUUGGGAAUAUGACUACAAUUGCUAAUAAUGGUCUUUACCUUCAUGCAGUACAUCUGUAACCUACUAUUGCUGAAUUAGCUCCAGUUCCAUAGUAGGGUGUAACAAAAGUAGCUGCCAGACAGACAUUACAUACAGUCUUAUUCUAUUGAAGAUUAGUUGUGUUCCGUAUUCUGUAGUGCACCUAAUUGCAGAUGGUCCAAAGCUGAAUGGAUUUUGUCUCAAAUUGCAGUUUAUGAAACUCCUUCAUUUAUUGAAGUUUGGUCAUUUAAAAUAAAUGAGAUAGUUCAUGUAAGUACUGUAUACUUAUUUGAGAAUUAUUUUUAAUAGGCUCUAGCAAUCCUGAAGAAUCCCUGAUAUUAAGUUGUCUAAAUACCAAAGAAAUUGAAGGAUCCCCUCCCCCAGGUCUUUAAAGGAUUAUCAACUAAGCAUCUGAUUCUAGCACCAAGCAGCUGGAAAUAUUCCAUCCUUAAUUGUGAUUCAGGAGAGCUACAUAUACAAGGGGCUUGCACUAGUUCAGCGGGUUUAGAAAAGUUUUUUUAUGUGGGGUUGGGGGUGGGUGAAUGCUCUACCUCUUGGAAAUGUCUUUUGAGCUCACAUACUACUCCCAUAGUUCUUUGGGUCCUAGUCUUUGGUUCCAGUCAAACUGGAAAGAAUAAUAAGUUGACUGAAAACUAAGACUGAAACUUUAUCACUAUACUCAAAUUAAUAUGUGUAUCCUUAUCUAGGGUGCCCAGGUAUUGAGUGAUUCUAGUGCAUAUACAGUGUAGUUUGGGUUCUCAAGUAUUGAAUUUCUGCUUAUGCUUUCUAAAGGUGUUGGUGGCAUUUUCAGUACAAAGCAGUACAGUAUCUCGCUUAAAAAAAAAGUGCCUUGUGGAUCCAACGUGGUAAAUUUCUAACUGCUGGAAUGAACUUGUCGUGACAGUUACUGAACUUGCUGCCUUGCUCAGGGGAUUGGGCAACCCUAAGUGUGCUAGCAGACAGCAGGCAUGCCUCUGAUUAAUGUGCUUCCGAAAGACUGGAAUGAUGAAAUGUUGACUCCAGCUAGAACAAACACUGCAAUACUGUAUGCCCUUGUACAUUCCAGGCAUGUUACCAUUAAAAAGUGGUUCAUCUCUUUCCUCCAUAUGCAGUUACUAGCUUGGCUUCAGAAAUGAAGGCGAAUGUAAACUGAAACAUUUCUGCUCCAGCAAAUGAUACCAGUGUUGUCAAGGGAAUACCCAUAUUCAGAAUGCAGCAACUACACAGAACAGUGUGGAUGGCUCUUGUUUCAUUGUACUGUCUCAACUAUCAAUGGUCCUGCACUUAUAUUUUCUUAAUGGCAACAACAUCACAACUUAUGGUUCAAGUAGUUCCUUGAGAAAGGCAGCAUGUCCUGUCUUAACACUAAUUUUUCAUGUAUUAUAGUUAAACAAUUAGUUUACAUUCUAGAUGCAGAAUUGAAAGAGGAAUCAUUUGAGCUGAUUUUGUGUUUCUUAAAUACAAAUGGAGUUGCUAGAAGCCACUUUUGUACAUUUAGCUGACCUUUCUUUGCAGGCUUUCUCUAGAAAUAUAUAUAUUGGCUAAAGUGACACCUUCCAAUUGUUUGUUUCUCCCAGAGCAAGUGUAUAUCAAGAGGAAGUAAUUCAUAGGUCAUUGCUCAGCCCCUUUCACAAAAGGCAAAGGAUAAUAUUUUUUUUUAAGAUUCUGUUAAGUCACUGUAAUAUCAAAAUGAAGGGGGAUAAUUCUUUUUCUUUAAAGUAGAAAUUAUUCAUAUUCUUCAGGUAUUCCAAGCAAGCAAAACUAGCCUCUUGAGCAACAGCUUCCUGCAUAUGGUAGUAAUUUCCAAACCACACACUAACAACCAAAUGUGAAGACAGCAUUUUGCUCCAGUGCAUAAGGGCUAGAAUUGGAGUAUACCAGUUCUUUGCCUGUAACACUGCAAAACAAUGCCAGAAUUGCAGGGGUGUUAACCAAUAAUAAUAAUUUUAUUACUUACAUGCUGCCCAUCUGACUGGGUUGCUCAGCCACUCUGGGCAGCAUCUAGCAAAAUACUCUAAACAGUCAAACAUUAAAAACUUCCUUAGCGUGGGUAUGUAUUCUAGCGCAAACAUUCAGGACAGAUUGUGUCAGUAAGCUUCUUGGCAUAUUUAUUAAUUGCUACUAAUCAAGGAAGGGUAUUCAGUUUUAGUCCUUGAAUACACACACAGCUUUAUUGUGGUCCAUAGACCCAAAGUUUGUAGUAUUUUAGUCCUUGGAUACCUUUGCUGCAUACAAAUUUGGGGUGUUUUUUGUCUGUCUCCAGAGAACUGAAAAAUUGCUUGUGUGGGACUUUUUCACAGUGAUUCUUUUGCAAUGCUUCUUGUGCAAAUGGCACUUAAUUAUUAGCCUUUGAGGCUUGUUUCUACUUGACUAUGAAAACUUAAGUUGGCUUAUUGUUUUCCUUACAGGUAUUCGGUACAGUACAGAAGUGAGUGUCGAUGAAGUGAAAGCUUUGGCUUCUCUAAUGACAUACAAAUGUGCCGUAGUGGGUAAGUGAUGUUUGUAAAGGUCCAUGUACGUUCAGUCAUUGCCAAUGCUAUUUAAGAAUCUUGAGGCCAUGUCAAACUUAAAUCUCAAGCAUUACAUUAGAAUAUGAGAUGGGCUACUUACGUAUUUAUUAUAUAUAAAAUAUUUAAUUCCAACUGUUCUUCAUUUGAUGUUUUCAGUGAAGCAGUUAUCUGCUUAAAAUGAGAAGGAAUUUAGGUUUAGCAUUGAAUUAGCAUAGCCUUUAUUUAAGCACUUGCCUGUUAGCCAUGGGCAACAAAGAGUUGCAUGCAGCUAGGGAAAUUGGCUUGUGGAGAGAAGAUGGAUCACUUCAACCCUCUUCUGUGCCCAGCAUGGAAACCAAGCUGACUGCCAGAGAAUAAAAGCUACCGUAUUUUUCGCACCAUAGGACGCACCGGACAAUAGGACGCACCUUGUUUUAGAGGGGGGAGAACAAGAAAAAAAAAAUCUCUGCCCAGCGCCCCUUCAGCGAAGCGGCAGGAGGCGCUGCGCAGAGAGAGGGAGAAUUUUUCCCCUCUUGUUUUCCCGCUCUAAAACAAGGUGCCGUUUAAGGUGCAUUCAGGCGGCUACCUUGGAAGCCUGGAGAGCGAGAGGGCACACCGACCCCUCUUGCUCUCCAGGCUUCAGGUUCCUUUCGACCUGCUCUUUGGGGCUGGCGGGGGGAAGCCCACCACCAGCCCCAAAGAGCAGGUCAGGGAGCAGCGGAAAGGCGCAGCGGAGAGGCUGCUGCCAUAGUCGCACGUCACUUCUCCAGCUGGGAGAGGGUCGCGGGGCUAUGGCUUCUUUAGCCCCGCACACGCUCUCCCAGCUGAAGAGGUGGCGCGCAGCUAAAGAGGCUCCUGCCAUAGCCUCACGUCACCUCUCCAGCCGGGAGAGGGUCACGGGGCUAUGGCUUCUUUAGCCCCGCGCGCGCUCUCCCGGCUGGAGAGGUGGCGCGCGGCUAUAGAGGCUCCUGCCAUAGCCGCGCGUCACCUCUCCAGCCGGGAGAGGGUCGCGGGGCUAUGGCGUCUUCGCUCCAUAGGACGCACACACAUUUCCCCUUCAUUUUUGAAGGGGAAAAAGUGCGUCCUAUAGAGCGAAAAAUACGGUACCUUCACACCCAACCAAGAAAUAUAGCUGCUGCAGGAAUGACAGAACUCAUCCCUUCUCUGCCAUAUCCCAGCAGUCUAGUAAACAUUAUUUGGCAGUUAGUAACUUUUGUGAAUUUUCUAACAGGGCUAAAUUAGUGGGAUGUGUUGGCAGCAGAGAGGGUUUAUAUGGGGAAUAACCAUAUUUACUGAUUAACAGGAUUUGGGAACACACCAAAUCAACCUACAAUUUAUAUGGUGUUAAAGCUGCCUGUUAAGCCCCACUAAUUCAUAAGUCAGACUUAAUUCAUUGUUUUAAAACACACACAUAGGCCAGUUUAGGUGUUCCCUUCUUAAAGAGGGAUUAGGAUUAUACCUCAGGGUCCUGUAGUCUUUCCCCUGCUUUCUUUCCCAGCUUCGAAAUGUUUGGGAAUUUGUGCUCAGCAAAAUUCUUCAGUUUCUAUGAUUUACCUCCAUAUAUAUGUGAUUCAGUGCCAGUAACAAUCUGCAUUGCUUUUAAAUGCUUUUUAUGUUGCUGUACGCCACCCUGAUGUUCUGCAAGGGGGGGUAUAUAUAUUAUUUUGUUAAUCAAUAAAAAUAGAAAAUGCCAAAUACUCAUCACCAGUAGUGGCAGGUUGUUUUCCCCAUCACUUACCCCUACUCUUAUUUUGCAAGUUUUAUAUUCUUGUUUAACUUAAGCACAAACAUUUGUUUUCAGACGUGCCGUUUGGUGGUGCAAAGGCUGGUGUAAAGAUCAAUCCUAGAAAUUAUACAGUAAGUUCCAAUCUGACAGAAAUCUUUUAAUCAGCAUGUUUAGGUUGGGUAAGUUUGAGAAAUUACUCUGCUAUAGUAGGGCUAUUGUGAUAGUGGGGUGGAAAUCUUGCAUUCUGUAGCUUGUUGAGGAAUGAAACAUAGGCAAUGUAUUCGCAAUUUAAGGUUUUAAAACAAGUAAGGUGUUUCAGAAUCUCCUAUGUAAAAGGUUACAUUGCUUAAAUUUAUUUACAGGGGUCCACAGAUUUUGGCUGAACUUGUUAGCCAACCAAACAUUUAAAUUCACCAAGACACUGUUCCCCCCCCCCCCCCCCGAAGAGCUGGAUGUUUUCACUGUUCCUCAAAUUCAUUGCAAGGUUGGGGUCAAUCCCAUGUCUCCUUCCUGCUGUUCCAAGUUUAGAUCCAGAGAUUGGAUUAAGAGGUUACUCCUGUAGUUGCACUGCAUUUACAAGGUGCUUGGAAUGUUUCAAGCACAAUGUAACUGGGGGGAGCAGAGUUGUUGUAGUAUGACUAAGAGCACAUAAGCAAUGGAAACACAAGUAUUGUUGAAUGUUUUUCUUGAUAAAAUCUUAAACAUAUAACAUUAAUGGUUGAUGUCUUGCGACCUGGACCUUAACUGCUUUUUUGUUAUAGGAUAAUGAAUUGGAAAAAAUCACAAGACGGUUUACCAUAGAACUCGCAAAGAAGGGCUUUAUCGGUAUGUUAUGCAGCAGCUGCUGUAACAAUUGCUAUGUGAAAGAUGGCUCAGCAGCAUUUUCUGCCUUUAUCUCUCCAGAAAGUUUUUAGCAGUUGCUUAGCAUGCUUUGAGUAACUCAUGCACCACAGUGUAAUUGUUGCAUUUAUCACCUCUAGGUACAUGCAAAGUGCUUUGUUUCUUUAUUCCAACCAAUCUAUCAAGUUAGACUGUGUCUGGGCUGCACCACUUCUGAUUGCAGACUCUUGUGACUGAAUGCGGAGAAGAGUUUUAGCUUCUCUUUGACCUGCUGGUUCCCUACGCACAAAGAGUUAUUGUUUACGGAGGUGUACCCAGCCAUGCCAAUUCCCCCAUAUGGUUUGAAGUGAUACAGCCCAGACACAGGUUUACUUCCCCAGUGAGAAUUGAGUGACUUGCCAGAUAACACCUUCCAUCCAGUCACUGAGUAGAGCUCCCAUAUUUAUAAUACAGUGCAGUUUUAUUUAGUAACCUGUCCAAUAUUGGGGCUCUCCUUUAUCAUGUGGGAUGGAGGAAAGGGCAUGCUGGAAAAAGGGAGGAUGGGAAUCUUUCGUUCCAUUAACUUACUUUCAGAUUUAACCCAUUAUCUGUUCCUUUUGAAACUCCCCUUGCCUCUUUUUUCUCUAAGCUUAAGCCACUUGGUCUUUACUUAAAACAGGGAUUGCCAAUAUCUGAAUCCAAGUGGUUGACUUUAUACUUUAGCCCAAGGUCCAUAGUAUAUUGCACUGACAUAUACACAUCUUCUGACCCACUCAUAGGCGGUCAGAUUGUACCAUAAGAGCAACAUAACUUUUCUAGUAAGGGCUUUGCCGUGUGAUAUUUGGGUAAAAAUUUACCGAACCUUGAUUAAAUUUUAGUGGUGCCAGUUGCAAAACUGCUUUAUGGCUCAGAUCUAGUUGCUGUUGGUCAUCUCUACUUGAAAAGAAAAAUGUUGGCAUACUCCAGAGUAUUUAGUUGCUUUUGUAUAUUUUUCAAAUAUACCAAGACCUUGUUGAUGUGGUUGUGGCCAGGGUUGCACAUGUUUGCAUGUAGAUGUAGCAUAGACUUGUUCAGCAGCUGUCACUUAUUUUUGCUUUCUUUCCUAAUAAUUCUGAACACUGUAUUUGCUUUGUGCAGAGUUAAUGCUUUCAUUCUAUGGCCCCAGAAUUGCACCUGAGUAGCUAACAGCUGUGCAAACGUAGCAAAAUAGCUCUUCUUAACCUGGUCAGUUUGCUAUUCAGAGCAAUUUUGUUACUGUUAGCUUUUUCACGCUGGUCGAAGUUGUGCCAGUUUUAAAGGAAGUUGAGGAAGGAAAUUGAAGCUCCACCUUAGCAACCAAAAAACAAGGCUUUGUCAUAGCAUUCCAAAAUAACCCGAUGGUUUCAGAAUGACUAUCUUAUACUGUGUUUUCCAGCCUUUACUAAUGUCCCUUAUAAGUUGCACUAGUGCGUGAAUUGUUCUGUUUCCAUUUUUUAGAUGUGAAUUCCCCCUCCAUAAAAUUUGGAAUGGCUUCUCAUAACCAGACAUAACUCUGUAAAAAGGGGCUUGUCCCUACAUGAGGAAUACUGCAAAGAACUGAACUGCUUCUGGUCUAACAGGAAAAUACUUCUGGAAAUGAAUUAUUGUUAUCUUUGCCUUGUUUUCCUGCUUAAAGAUAUUUCUUCAAAAAAAACUCUGUACAGUGAUUCUAGGCUGCCAUUAAUCCUAAAUUCACUUUCACGCCAAAACAUGAAGAAAAUUAGACGAAAGCAUUAAAUACCUUUUCCCAGAGUAAACCGAGUAACACAAACUUGUUCCUAAGUCAUAUUAACUUGAGAGACAAACAUCUCAGUAAUGAGGAGCAUGUGAAAAGCCAGGAAUGGUUCCACUUUCCCUUAACCUCACAUGUGGCUCUAGUAUACAGUGCUGCUGCAUUGGUGUAUAGAUGAUGAUGAUGAUAAUUAAUCAUCUGAUCCAGAAGUCUUCCAAGCAGCCUCCAAAAUGUGGGUGCAUCAUAAGAAAUAUUGAUUCAUUGUUUAUAAAGCACAAACCAGUACUGUACUGUACUGUAGUUCACAAAGCAGUAUAAGAGUUGCUAUGAUAUUGAUCACUUAAGGUUGGCUGUAAAUUGAUACAAUUGAGACUUGGUGUUUGAAUUGUGUUGAUGGUUUUAAUCUUGCCUGCAGGGCCUGGUGUUGAUGUGCCUGCUCCUGACAUGAGCACAGGUGAGAGGGAGAUGUCCUGGAUUGCAGACACCUAUGCCAAUACCAUAGGACACUAUGUAAGUUCUGAGUGAAGGCACACGCUUUAAUCUAGGUAGAAUUAGUCAACCCAUUUUGCCAGUUGUGCAACAUUUAUCAUUUCUAUAACCUUAAGCACUAUGACUAACAGAUAUGUGAUACUUCACAUGUGCAAUACAAUGCAGAAGGCUUGUAUCACUUUUUAACAAGCCGGCACCACAGUCAUUUGUAUUGCUACUUGAGUCUUAUUCCUGAUAGAAUUUUGGCGUUAAUUUUGAAUGUAAAAAACUAGUAAAAGCUGUUAUAGCAGUUGCUUGAUGCUUUUAUAUAUUGCAGAGUAAAACAGUUGUAAUUGCCUCUGUUUCAGUAAAUCUUUGGGCUGUUUAAUUCUAAAUUGGUGGUGUUUAAAAAAUUUGGGUAGCUUCACACAUUGAUAAAGUUAGUGUGGCUACAUUCUAUGAACCAUAAUGUUCCCAUAAUAUACAUCCAUACUUGAGUUUUUCUAUUGCAUGUACACAUGAGAAGCUAAGGCCCGUUGCAGCCCCCAGGAACUUGUACAUAUGGUAGUAGAACCUGUUCCCCCAAUCUUAAUUCUUGCAUUAUAGAGUCAUAUACCUAAUGUUACUCUAAUGCAGUGCCUUCCAGAUGUUGUUGAACUAUAACACUCAUAAUCUCUGGUGAAAUUAUGUCCCAGGCUAGUGGGACUGAUGGGAGUUCUAAGCCUAACAUCUGAAGGGCACCCAGUUGUCUACCUCUUCGGUAAUGUACAAACCAAGGAAAAAUCAUGCUAAGAAAAGGCUGGGUCAAAUCCUGUUCUGUUGUAUACUAGUUCUGUGUGUUAGGGAGCCUCUUGAAUAUUGCUGUUCAGGCCUAUUCAUAAAAUGAGAUUCAGGCCUCUGAGCUACUCAUACCUGCAACCACCAGCUGGAACCAGUCAGACAAUAGUAGCUGGGGGUCACACAGGGAAUCUUGAUUAUUGGGACGAAAUCAUUGUAGUGAUGGGGAAGGCCUAUUCCUGAGAUUUUGUCCAGCUGCCGCAAGUUGGAGUAGUACUGGCCAGUGGUCAAAUUCACUCUAAAGCUGUCUAUACAGUGGUACCCUGAGCUUCAGGUUACAAACUCUGCUAACCUGGAAGAGUUACCUUGAGUUGGAAACUUUGCCCCAGAAUGAGAACGGAAAUCGUGUGCCAGCAGCGCAGUGGCAGCAAGAGGCCCCGUUAGCAAAAGCACGCCUCUAGUUAAGAACAGUUUCAGGUUAAGAACAGACCUCCGGAAUGAAUUAAGUUCAUAACUAGAGGUACCACUGUAUAUUUUUAUUCAUUGUAGUAUAACUGGAGGUAGACCUUAGUCUCUUAAUAGAAAAAUAAUUGUGGUGGUUAUACGUCCUGGCUUUGUUUUGCCUCUUUCCAUUUAACACUUGCUCAUCUCUGAAUAACAGGGCACGAGAAAACAGAAGUAUUCCUCAUGGUAAAGCAGAUUGAAUUCCCUGUCAGAAUUUAUACCGCAACAGGAAAAGUGUUUCUUUUUCAGGAUACAACAGGCUGGCCUUUGAGAGUUCUUAAUUAUUCAUGCAUGAGAAAGCUUUUGAAUUAUUCCACAGCUCCUUUGGCUAGAUUGCUGUGAGUUAGCAUUUUGCUUGUUCAAGGUGGCUAUGGAAACAAGUUUCUGGAGCAGCUUCUUCAUUUGGCCUGUUACAUUCAAUUUAUACUUUGUUUGCAAGUUGAGUGGCAAAACGAUAAAGAUUCUAAUAAACACAAAGUAGAAAGCAAUGAGAAGUGUUAAGACUUAAAAUCUUUCUUGGCCCACAAGCAUGUUGCUGUGAUUAAAUUCUACUGUAGCAAACUCUUUAGUAUUCAGGGCAGUAGACCAGUGUCCCUGUACAGUUUUUGUUUUCCUCUUUUAUCUUGUGAUUCAAGGCACUACUUCUAAGAGAUUUUUUGUCCCUGGGAAUGUUUGCAUGUUAGUUCUGGGCAUCGGAUGCCUAAAAACAGGCAAAACAUAAGUAUUGGUGUAACUUAGUUAAUAAUUCUCUGCAAACCUGCAGGUUUUAAGUGUCAGUUGAAAAUCUCUAGCUCAGUAAUUGUUUCAUGCAAUGUGUUGCCCUAGGAAUUAGUUUGAGACUUGGUAUUUCAAGGUUAGUCAAAUUGAAUUGUAAACCCAGUUCAUUUUCAGUUCAAGUAUUGCCUAACUUUUUGAAGCAACAGUGUAGCAUGCCUCAUGUGCAUUUAAAGUGAAAAAGCUUAGUUCUGUAGUCUUGUAUGAACUUCUGCUUUCAAAAGUGCAUAGAUAGGCAUGCAUGAAAGUGUUUCGUGGGGUCCAAAAGCUUGCAAUAAGUAGGAGUUGGCGGAGUUGUUCAUUGUAUAUUCAAGAAGAGUAAUUUCCCGUUCCCAAAAGCAUGAGUGACAUCUUAGCUGUAAGACAAUCUAGUUGACUUUCUAUAAAACAUUCUGAUGGUGAUCCUCAGAUGUUUCCUGCUGUAAAAUCACAGUCCUUUCCCAAUUCAGCACAGACACCUGAAUCUUGACAAGCUAGAAAUGGCCAAGCUGCUCUGCAGCACCCAUUGAUUCUGUUGUAGGUGCAUCAGCUCCCAACCAAAGUGUUGGGUGCCAACCUGCCUAUGAUGCCACAGCUGCUUCCAGACCAGUUGAGUCAUGCAGUAUCUUGUCCCUGUUCAUGCCCUGCACUCUAGGUGUGCCAAGCACAACACUCCACACUGUUGUGUGAUAUAGCAGGUUUAUGGACUGGGUCCUGUGGUUGUGGGAUUCUAAUCCCAGAUGCACUUGCUAUGAGAAAAAACACUAAUGCUCACUUGUGAAUGAAGCAAUUCUUACAUGAGUCAUCAGCAAAAGAAAAUAGUUUUAUGCUAUGAGUCAGAUGUUGUUCUAAGGCGUAGCAAGAAGAAGAAUGCUGCCGAGAGUUUUAAGGGGCUCCUGCAAAAAGUAAAUUUAGAGAUAAAGAGGCAGUUGAAAAAUGGAAGGAAAUGGAAGUUUGUUAAGGAAGUUCAAAUUGUCCAGAACGUUGGUAAUAUGGGGAAUAAGCUUUCCAUCUGUCAUUUGUGGGAGGUGUUCCCUCCAGUGGCAGCCCUGUGUUAUGGAAGCACACAGUGAACUUGACACCAGACUGCCAGCUUUUCGUGGUGGUCCUCAUGUUUAACUCACCCUUUGUGUAAUGAAUACACAUGUGCUAAACUACAAAUUAACCAGCCAGCCCCUCUCUGCUUUGUUUUCAUUGAGGGAGCAGUGAAACAUGCUUCAGCUGUUUUAAAAGAGUCUGAAAAAAAGAAGAUGAAACCAAAAAAGUGCAGAAAGAACUAUAUAAUUAGAAGAGUUACCCUGCUAUGCAUAGGCUCGGAUAUCUGCCUGGGCUUUUAACAAAUUAAAGGAUUAUGCUAAUAGUUUUCAAAUAAUUGUAUUUUAUGUUCCCGUUGCCAGAUUAUUUUAAAGGUGAUUAAACAGCUUUGGCUGAUUUAGUUGUAAACUGCCCAUAGAAGGUUCAGAUCCUCUUAUGUGCUAUUGCAAAGUCGACAAAGUCUACCCAAAGUGGAUAAUAUUUUAAGCAUAGUUUAAUUGGGAUUUCUUAUAAGCUUGUUUUUAUAUAGCAGGGUAGCAAAGCUAGACUAACAUGCUUUUUAAGAUACAUUGAAUCAAUAAGUGAACUAUGAGGAAGCUGUUCCGUUACCUAAAGGGUGCAAAUGACAUUUAUGAACCAUUCAAAACUUGGGUGUACCCAUUCACAGAAAUCACUGGUGUGUGUCAUUACUUGUCAGGAAACCCUGCUGUGAACCAAAUCCACCCCUUGAGCAAAUGCACACUGAUGUAAAAUCUAAUUAAAAAGCUGUUUAAAAAUAUGUCAAGGUGAUCUUGAGUAAUCUGGUAUCUCUUCUUUCUGGCAAUUACAUUAAUAUUUCUGCUAAAUUUACUACAUGGCACUUUGCUGGGCAGUAAGCAGAUCCUCAAGGCAUCCUAUGUCAUGCAAAUACCUUUAAAUUGGUGAAAGUACAGUAUUGUGAUAAACUGAUUUGUUUGCAGGAGCAACCACUAGAUAUGUUGACUUCAGUGAAACUAAAACUCAUUAGACAUCAUUAACACAUAAAAAUUCAGAUGUUUUGACAGAUGUUUCCCAUGGGAAUGAGCCUAAUUUUUUUUAUUACUUUUUAGGACAUUAACGCCCAUGCUUGUGUCACGGGAAAGCCAAUAAGCCAAGGUGGUAUACAUGGUCGUAUCUCUGCCACAGGCCGUGGAGUCUUCCAUGGAAUUGAGAACUUCAUUAAUGAAGCAUCCUAUAUGAGUCUGUUGGGAAUGACUCCAGGAUUUGGGGAUAAGACAUUUGCUAUCCAGGUAAUUUUGUCUAGAAUAGUAACCACACUGGAGAGAAAAGCUUUAAAUGAUAAUAUGCAUCUCAUGGGAUAUUGCUAGAACCUUAAAGAACAGACGUGGCACACAGUAUGACAUUCAGAUUCUGCUAAACCAGACACUGUAAUUGACAUUGGUAAAGAGGUCUCGCUCCUUUUCUUUUUGCCUUUUGUAUUGUGUCAGAUCAUAAGCCUGCAGGAACUGACUUCAUAAAAAAUCUUUGUGUAAUGCUUAGGAAAAAUUGUGUGCGUUAUAUAUCAAUCAUGUUGGAAGAAGUAUCUUCUGUAGACAGGCCCUUUUUUGUAAAGCAACCUCCAGUGUAUGGGGGUUUCAUGAACAUGCAGUAGCUGCUAUACUGCAUUCUAGGUCCUGUGCCACCUGCGUAGUCUGAAAGUAGACUACUUUUUAUUCAUUUAUUAAAAGCAUUUAUAGCCUACCCUUCAUCUCAGUGGAUUCCAGGGUGCAGGACAAGCUAGUUUCCAUAAAAUUUCAUGAACAGCUAAGCAUAAUAACAUAACAAUAAGAGCAACUAAAAACAUGGAGCUGGGUAAAUGCCACAAAUAGUACUUCUCUUUCUAAUAUGAUUGUAUCAGUCAGAGUUUUGAAUUUUACAGUUACCUGGAGUUCAGAAACUUGUAUUUGUAUUGCUUGCUAGAAUCCUUUAUUUAGAGCUACGUAGAAUCAAAUUUUAGAUUUGUUAAGAAGGAAAGUUGCCCUUACUAAAUAUGGGGUUGUACUAAUGAGUUACUGUAUUUUUGCCAAUUAAUAAGCGGGAGGGGAAUUCUGACCUGUGAAAACAAAGGGAUGCCAACACUGCCGCUCUGGAAUGCUUGUGUUGGCAGAGCUGAAAUGGGGUGUGCCUGUGCCCAAACAAACAGGGAAAUAAUAAGGGGGAAAAUGGAGACAGGCAAGCUUUGUCCUUGAAUAAAGCUGGAAGUAGGUUGCAUCCUUUUCCCUCUGAAGUAACUGAUUAAAAAAUUAGCUGCUAAACUGUCAGGGCUGGUCAGUAAAAAAACAAUAAAUCAACUGAAGACAGUGAAAUUAUUUAUUCAAGGAAACCAACCACAGCUCUAGCCUACUGGUCUCUGAAACGCUUUCUAGGAGGUCUUGCCCCAAUGAAGCAGUUGCAAGGACUGAAGGUCCCCACCCUCCCAGUGCCCACUAGGGCGGCUCCUCUCCAGGGUCUUUCCUACGCAGUCCUGGGCUGCAUCUGCACACAACCACCCUCUGCUCUGUUCGUCUCAUUUCUUUCUUUCUUUUUAAUGAUAUUUAUUAAGAAUUUUUAGAAUUACAAAAAAGAAACAAAAAAGAAAAAGAAAGAGAAAAAACAAAGGAAAAACAAGCCACAAUCAAGCAAUACAAAUUAAUAAAAAUCAGAAUCAAAAAAUAACACAUCACGAUCAAAAGACAAAAAUGUGCCACAAACAUUUAAAAACAAAUCCAAUAUUCUCAAAUCCUUAACAGUCAUUACCUUCUUUCUUUGACCUCCUCACCCCUCACUUAUUUUGUAUCCUAAUUAUUAAUUGUCGCAGCAAAUCCUUUCCAUAUUUCAUAAUAUUCUGUCAUUACAUUACCUUAAUCUAUUUUGAGCUUAUCUUACUAUAAAAAAACCUUAAAAUUUAAAACUUAGAUCUUAUUUAUACCAAUUUCUCAUAACCAUAAUAUUCUUACAUAAUUCUUUAAGCAUUUUUGCUAAAGCCAAAUAAUUUCGUUCCAACAUUUUUCUAACGUUCAUCAAUUUUAUAAAACAAUCCUAAUAAAAAAAAAUUUUUUCUCCCAAUCUUCAUCCAGCGUCUCUUCCUCCUGGUCCCGGGUUUUGUCAGUCCUUUCUAUCUCAUCAAUCUAGCGCAUUAACCUGGUAAUCUUAUGUCCGAGGCCCUCAAGUCCCUUCCAUGUCCCUUCCGCGGCUCUUCUUCAUAUUUAUACCUGUACUUUACUUUGUCUCCUGCUCCUUUCACUCGUGGGAACUCCAACUUAACAAUGUUUUUGACCCUUCUCGACAAAUCAGCCCCUUUUCCAUAGUCCACACUAAACUCCAUGUGGUAUUUAAAAACAUGUUUCAAAGUCCCUCCAAAAUUAAGAGCCCCCACAACCCCAAACAUCUCACGGCCCAUUGCCAGACUUGAAAAGUCCAAACAUCUCUGCAUAGGGGGGUCUAUCCAACCCCCCAUUUCCAAACCAAACCAAACUUUAUCUUUCCAAAUCUGGCUUUUUCCAAGUUCAUUUGUCAAAUCCAAUAACUCAUGUUCCUGCUGGGCCACAGCUCCCUCCAUCUCUGGCGCCCAAGGUUCAGCAACAUCCUCUCUCAUCUGUUCUGUCAGAGCACACUCCUGAUUUGAAUCCUGGGUGGGCUCUAUAUAAUUUCCCACUGCCUGUCCAAAAUUUCUGAUCGCAUCAGUCAUCAAGUCCGUCUUCUCAUGUAGCUGUUCCAGUAGGGCACUUGUUUUACAGAAAGCACGCGGCAGAGCUUCUGAAUACAUUGUUCUGCAAGGUCAGAAGUCUGUUCCCACGAUCGUAAUCUGUAGCAGCUGCAAGCUCCCCAAUUCAGAAUUUGAAACUGUUUCACAGGCUACCUCUAGGGGAAGAACUUCUUUUUGUUCUUUUCUUUUAAAGGCAGAUCUGACAACAAAGUUUCCUUUUUCAGAUAUUUUGUCAAUAUUUGUUCCUUUAAAAUGCGAAAAGGAACAGUGGAACCACUAUGUUUCUCUUCUUUUAACUAUCUGUCAAAAACGUUUGUCUCUGGUCAAUGAGCUUCCCAAAGAACGUCAGUCCUGACACCCCGCUCCAGGAUCAAGACGGUGGAAAGUUACUUUGCUUUACACUCUCUUCUGCAGGUUUAAACAGUCCGGAAAAAUCCCCCCUCUUCUCCUGCUUCCGAAGGGGGUUCAGCAGUUUUAAAUGAUGGAAGUUAAUCCUUUACAAGCGAUUUUCUGAACUCUAGUUUGCCAUGUCUUUGCUUUGAUCUAUCUACAAAGAAACGGAAGGCUGACUUCCUGUUUAGACCUUCCCGUUUCAGUGCCAAAUUAAAGUAAAUUUUUAAGUCCAAUUUUCCUUUCUACUCACAAAUCAUUAUUUAGAGUCCAAUUGUCCGAGAUUUAAGUAAUGACGGGUGAUUAUUUUAAAAGCCAAAUUGUCCCAGGAAAAAGGCAGUGCUCUCCGGCAACGGCUGUGCGGCUUCGCUCCACGGAAGAAGCAGUUGACUCUCAGCACCGCGCCACUUCCCCCUCUUCGCUCCGGAGCCCGUUAGUGGGUUCCUUUGCGGGUUGGGGGGGGGCGCUAAAGGUGCCCGCCGAGUCCCAUGGUCACAGGCUUCAUCCGCCUGUGAUUUUUGAAAGGGUCCCCGCUUCGCCGUAGCGGGAAAGACCCGUUUCCCGUGGAGCUGGUCCCUCCAGAUCAGAGGGAGUCCACCAUUACCGAUGGCGCCACCCCGGAAGUUGUUCGUCUCAUUUCUCUGUGGGUUAUAAAGACCAGGUGGGAGGAAAGCUGGUCGGAGCAAGAGCGGAAUACUCACUGGCUUCUGCCUUGGAGUCUGAAAUGUGCCCUGCAGCAGCCUCUUCCUGUGCACUAGACCCUGUCACCUCUUCUGCUUCUGACACCGCCUCCCAGUCUGCUCCUUCUCCCUCUGACCACUCAUCGUUGUUCCACUAGGCUCCGAUCCUUCUUCCCCAGGGGAUUCCUUAAGGGUUCCCCAUUUGGUGCCUCCCACCACUCCUCCGCAUCCAGCCAGGGCAUGGCAUAUGCUAGUGCAAAUUUACUUGCAUCCUAAGUAGUCAUUCUAGUGCAAACAUCUAGGAUUGGGUUCCAAAACCAUAUGAAUUUUCCUCUAGGAGGAUCCAAACCUCCUUUUCUCCAGCUUAAAGAGUUUAGCAUCAGCAUUCCAAACUACUGGGAAGAGGAAGAAAUCUUCUUGAAACUGAGUAUCUUUCAGUGUAACUUUUGUGAAAACUAAACACAUUGCUUUAAUGGGUGAUGGUGAAAUCUUUCAUGGACUUUCAGCUAAUUUCUUAUAUCCCCAGUAACAAACAAGGCAUCCCCUGAAAUGUGAAUACCGUACCUGACCAUAAGACGCACCUAGUUUUUAGAGGAGGAAAACAAGAAAAAUAAUAAUCUGAAUCACAGCCUCCUUGGGAGGAGCGCGAUCCCUGCAGAGGCUUGGGACGCUUGGGAGGGAAGCUGCGCAUCCACCAGCCAUAUGGCUGACGGGGCGCAGCUUCCAUCCUAAGCCUCUGCAGGGAUCGCUCUCCUCCUGCAGAGGCUUGGGAGCCUUUCCUUCUCCCCACUUUUUUCUCCCUCCCCAAGCAGCACAGCCCCCUUUUCCAGCCUCCUCCUCUCCAUCCCUUUCGCCCAAACUCCUCAGGCGACGUCUGCAAUUUCUCCCCUUUGCUUCUGCCUCUCCUUUGCCCUCUACCAUGACUCUCCACUCGCUUCUCAGUCCCCCUCCUCUCCGUCCUCUUUCUCCCCUCUCUUGGCAACUGCCUCUUCCCGCCAUCGUCCAGCCAACAUCCCCGGAGCUAUCAGGGGAAAGGGGAGGCCGUCGGCAAAGCCUCUCUCAAAGAGAACAGCCUGGGAGCGCAAGGCAAUGUCGCACAGCUUGCCUGCCUCUCCCAAACCUUCCUGGGGCUUCAGGGGAAAGGGAAGGUUGCUGGCAACCCUGGAGGGUGGGGCAACGGCACGCAUCACACUCAGGUGAUUUGGCUCCAGGGACCACACAUCCGCUCCAUAAGACGCAUAGACAUUUCCCCUUUUUAGGAGGAAAAAAGUGCAUCUUAUGGAGUGAAAAAUACAGUAGGUUGUGAUUUAACCAGCAAAGGUUUUGAGAUCUCCCGUUUAUUUGUACAGUGAUCUUGAGCCUAAAUAUACUUAUCUUCUUAACAGGGAUUUGGCAAUGUAGGAUUGCAUUCUAUGAGGUAUCUUCAUCGUUACGGUGCAAAAUGUGUUGCCAUUGGAGAAAAAGAUGGUGCAAUCUGGAAUCCUGAUGGACUUGACCCAAAGGAGUUGGAAGAUUACAAAUUGGUAUGAAAAACUGGUUCUUGAUUUCAUUGCAAAUUUGUACAGCAAAAUUAAACAACAUAUUGGCAAUGGAGAAGGUACACUGAGUAUUUUGAUCAAUAAAACAGGGAAAAAAGUGUUCCAUAAAUUUGUGUUAGGACUACUCAAUAUACAGAAUUUAACCGUAGAUUUGUAUUUGGAAAGUAUAUCUGCUGACUUUACCAUUAAGGAAAUUUCCUUAGAGAUCCAUAUAGCAUCGAUCCGACUGCUCUACUGAUGUAUUUCUGACUGGAAAGUAUAUUCUCUGUCUAGUGGGUGUUUAAACCUCCAGGCAUCAAUUAAAUUUAAAUUUUCAAUCAUUGCAAAGAAGGUUUGUGGUAAUUUCCCUUCUUUUGACUCUGAUUUCCUUAUUGUUCUGCCCAUCUCUAAAGAAAAUACUCCAUUCAUAUCUCCUAACAUAAUAAUAUUUUGGUCCAUGUACUCCUGUUUUCCAAAUUAGCCUGUUUUCCAAAUCUUUAAAAAAAUCAGCCUUCUUUUCCUUCGGGACGUAUAUUCCUACAAUUACAACCUUUCCCCCUGUAUUGUAAUUUGUGUCGCAAUCACUCUUCCCAAUUCAUCUUUCAAUAAAUUCAUCUUUAAAUAAUAUACAAAGCUACUCCUCGUUGCUUGGUGCUGUCUGAUGAUAUAAAUUCCAAACAAAGUCCUUUGUUUAUCAGUAAUCUAUGUCUUUUAGCAAUAUGUGUUUCUUGUAAACAAAUUAUAUCUAAAUUUUGUUUCUUUAAAAUAUGUGCUAUUUUAUUUCCUUUUACUUUUCCAUUCAAUCCAUUUACAUUCCAGCUUAAUAUUUUCAUAUCUGCCAUAUUGGUUAGAUUUCAAAGUCUUGUCUUUUUUACUUUUCUUUUUCUUCCUAUUUUUAUCUUCUUCCUCCUCCUGACUGUCUACACUAUCCUCUGAUUGUUCUGGGUCCUGUCCUCCUACUGCACCUUCCAGAGCGGGGUCUGUACCUCCAAAAUCUUUAUGAUACUUCCUACAGAAUUUCUCUACUUCCUUUCCAUCUCUGAUUCUAUGUUUAUAAGUUAAAGAGUUACCUUCUGGGUACUCCCAGCGGUACCUGGUGUCAUUUCUUCUGAGAGUACCUGCAAGGUCUUUAAAUGGGGCCCUUUUUUUAAGGAGACGGGGAAGGACUUCUUUAUAUAAAAUAGUUUCUCUCCCCCCAAUUUUGAAUUUGUUAUUAUGAGUCUGCCAUAUUUUGUCUUCUAUCCAUCCCAAAUUUAGGUGUAUCAGGCAGUCUCCAGGCCAUUUUUGGCCCUUGCUUGUUUGGAUCUAAUUCUAUACCUAAUUCUAUGGAAUUAGAUAUAGAAGCAGAUUGGAUUAUUGAAACUUCUGUUCUAUUUGAAUUCACUGGAAUGAGCCAUUGACUUCCCUUUUGUAUCCAAACAGCAACAUGGAUCGAUUCUCACCUACCCAAAGGCACAGCCCCUGGACUGCCACAUUCUUGAAGCAGACUGUGACAUCCUCAUCCCAGCUGCCAGUGAAAAACAGUUAACAAAGGCCAAUGCCCACAAGGUCAAAGCAAAAGUAAGAGGAGCCUGCAGAAUAAAUGCUUGAUAAUGGAUCCAGAAGUUGUGAUCCUCUUGCUAUGGAAAAAUUGUGUUAUUUUUUGAUCACAAGUUUUUCUAUAUUCAGCUGUAAUAUUUUAUUUUAUUUUCCAGAUAAUUGCUGAAGGUGCUAACGGACCCACAACUCCCGAGGCAGAUAAAAUCUUCCUGGAAAGGAAUAUCAUGGUUAUUCCGGUAAGGUAUAUAGUUCCUCCAUGCCAAAAUUAGCAUUAUCUUUUUUUUAAAAAAAAAAACAUACCUGAUUUACAUGCCAGAUAUCUUCUGGGAAUAUAAAACUUGCCAGUAAAAAAAUGUGCUAUCAUUUUGGAGCGCAUUGAAAUUUUUAGCAAAAUUCCCAAUGAUUUUAAUGGAGCUGGAUUUGUACCCUAUGAAUUUCCAUUUUCUCUAUGGCAAGGAUGGUAAGGAAUGCUGAUUUGGUACAGGGGAAUACAUCACAACUUGAUGCAUAACUUUGUAAAUUGAUAGUUAAAAAAGAAAACCACAGAGUUAUAAAAUUACUCAAGGACUCAAGUUGAAAAUGAAUUUUGGGCAAGGGAUCCAUCCUGGUUGAAGAUUAAUUGUAUCCCAUACAAAUAAGCCUACUAACACUGAUCAGAUUUAUCUUUCCUUUCACUUCUGUAUUUCCAAGCUGUUACUCAUAACAGAAUGGGGUGUUUGAAGGCUUUUUCAGUGCUGUUUCAAAUAUACACGAUUUCACUUAAACGCGUGAUGCCUUCGAAUGUAACCCCAGUGUUGGGGGGCGGGGUGCCUGUACUGUCAUUUAGCCUAGUUGGAAUGUAAAGGGAAAGAAGUGCAGGCUUUUAGUACAACACCCCAUUUCUCAUCACUCACAGCCACAUUCUCACAAGCCCCUAGUCCGCAUCCAAAGGAAUGGGGUGCUUCUAUGCUGCUGCUCCUCCUCACUGUGGCUUGACUUGGAGCAGUGAGAGAGUACUCCUUGGACAGUGCCAGCCAACCUUAAAGUCCCAUAGGCAGAUGAUACAUAUGCUAGCCCUCUAUUCCCUCCCACAACACACACAACACUAUCAAACCUAUAGUUACGUAAAUCCAACUAACAAUAACACCCACAACGUGACUGGCUGUGUUUUAACUAUGUGAAUUUUUUAUACAUCACAUAAACGUACCUCUUUCCACAUUAUCAAAUUAAGUAGAAGCCAUUAAAGACCAACAUUUUGAACAGAAAAUACAAAUAGAUCAGUUCUUAUAUACGUAAUGUCCAAAUAGAAGCUUUUUUGUGUUCCACGUAUGUCUUUACGAAUACAGAUGUCAGACGCGACAACUUUAAGAAGCAGUACUUGCAGAAAAUGAACUUUUUGUUUGUAAUGUUCCACAUAUGCCUUUGCAAAGUGUAGUUCUUGUAUACAGUUGCUGUAUGCAGGUAUCAGACGAAAGAUACGAAAGAUCUUAAUAUAUGCCUUUGCAAAAUAUAGUUGCUGUAUCAGGUAUCAGACGAAAGAACUUAGGACAAGGAUUCCCGGAAUAAUAGCUUGUUUUGUUCUGCCGGGCUUCGUCAGCCAUGCAUACUCUAAAUAAUUGCUUCUACUUAAUUUGAUAAUGUGAAAAAGAGGUAUGUUUAUAUGAUGUAUAAAGAAUUCAUAUAGUUAAACCCUCCCACAACCCGGCAAGAAUUCUGGCCUUUGCCUAGGUAGCAAAGGCAUAGCUCCUGAUUGACUCUACUUAAGUCACUGCAUUCCAGUUGUUAAGACAACUAACAACUUGGCUUGCUUUAUCACCUUGGGGUUUCCAUCUGCUGUUGGUAACUUUUUGGCUUCCAGUACAUCAAACAUUGCACAGCUGCAGGAGGUAAUACCUGAACAAUCGUCUUGAUUUUAGGAGUAGGGGGGAAUCCCCAUGAGGGGUAGUACAGGUGGCAAUGUCAUGGAAGGGAAAGCUCACAUCUGAAAAUCCAUUAUGAGAGAGUCCAGCAAUGGGGUGCAAGAAACCACCUUGGGGUUUUUUUGGGGGGGCACUUAACCACCCUCUGGCACUGCCUGUGCCCGUAGCAUGUUAGCAGCCAGAUGUUAUACCCUCCAAGGUCUGCUUCUGACUGCUGCCUCCUCAGCUCCCUCUGCUUCAACCCCCCACCCCCAUUUAAAUGCAGUCAAGAUGAGAUGGAAGAAGCUGCAAAGGUGACACCCAGCAACUGAACCCAAUUUGAAGUGUGUUGUGCUCAGUGAGUGUUGGUAUCUGUAAUAGCAGCUAAACUGGAUUUUUCAACCAGCUUUAUUUUUCAUUUUACAAAGUGGUACUAGAAUUUGUGAUAUUAACAAUUUCUGUCUGUUGCAGUGGCGUAGCGUGGGUUGUCAGCACCCGGGGCAAGGCAAGUAAUUUGCGCCCCCUAACCCGGUAGGGGCAGAGAGCUGCGAGUGCGAGCGCGCCCCCCCAGAUGUUGUGCCCGGUGUGGCCGGCCCCCCCUGCACCCCCCAUGCUACGCCACUGGUCUGUUGCAAAGCGUACCUUUCCAAAUUACUUUUGCAGUUUUGAAGUAGACUUUACAUUGCCUACAGUGCAUUUUCUUACCAAAAACACACACAAAACCUUUCAAUCUUGUCCUAUUCAGGAUCUCUAUUUAAAUGCUGGUGGUGUAACUGUGUCUUACUUUGAGUGGCUGAAGAACCUGAACCACGUCAGCUAUGGUCGCUUGACUUUUAAAUAUGAAAGGGACUCAAACUACCACUUGCUAAGUAAGUAUAACAAGUACUGCACACUUCAUGCAGAUUCAGUAAUAAAUUGUAUCAUCCCAUCUACUAAUAACAAACUCACUUUCUUUAGAAGAUUUCAAGUUUUGUGAAUUAGUUUAUGAUACAUUCUGACAGAACCUUUUAGCAGAACUUGUUUUUGUAUGGCAUAAUGCAAUACAUAGAAUAAUAUUGCCAAAAAAAACCCCUAUGUAAAUACAAAUUAAUAAUACUGGAGAAUCAGAUUUUCUAUUCUAUAGUGAAAGUUUAUAGAUUAGUUACUGGCAAUACUGAAAAGCAAAUUUCAUCUUAAAAGUGGAAGUAGAUACAUUUUGCAUUAAUCUAGAAGUCUCGUCACCUGGCUGUCUGUCUUUGAAUUGCUUCGGAGUUCUGUCUUCCUGCAGCAGAAUUGCUUCAGUUGAAAUAUAGGAAACUUAGAAGUAGCAAAGCAAGUGCUUCUGAGUGAGACUACUGAAACUUGCCUUCUGAGUCAGCCAGGGCCGCACACUCAUUGAAUACAGCAGGAUUUACUUCUGAAUAAGCAGGCAUAGAAUUGGAUUGUACCUGUCUGGACUAAAACUUGCUUCAUUUAAGAAUCAUGCAUAGGAAAGCAGCAUGACUUAUUUAUUUCUCCCUCCUUCAGUGUCUGUCCAGGAAAGCUUGGAAAGAAAGUUUGGGAAACAUGGUGGAAGUAUUCCAGUUGUGCCUACUGCAGAAUUCCAGGAUAGAAUAUCUGUAAGUAGCUGCUGCAAGAUUUUGCUCAUUGCAUACCUGAUAAAUGUCUAUUGCAAAAAAAAGAGAAACCAAUCUGUGGGCACAACAGACUAGAGUAAAAUACCUCACUACUUAUAGUAUGAAGGACAUAAUAUGUGUUUUGUUUAGCUUCUUUCAGUGGGUUAUAGUUCCAGAUGUUGCUGGAUUUUGGAGGGGAAAUGCAGUUUUUUUUAUACCUACCCACAAUCUUUGUUAGUCCAUGGCAGCUCAUGUUGAACAUGUCGUGCUGUAACAAGCCCCAGCUGGGUACUAGAGGUGGGAGCUGGCAGACUCCCUAGAUUGAAACAACUUAAAAGUCAGACCACAUCAGUAUGGCUGCUGUUGGUGGGUUACCAGUAGGUUGACCCUAAAAGGGGUCUCUACUUUGGGGGGGUCACACAAGUGUAAGGCACUACCUCUUGAUGCUUUCCUUUUGGUACCAGCCCAGAUGAAUGUAUUCUGACUAGUGUGGAGGAAAGGAAAGGAAGAUAUUGAACACGGUAUGGGGUGGGAGCACUGCACUUUCUAGGUGAGAGAUAGAGUGGGGGCCCUGAACGUUUGACAAAGUGCUGACACAGAGAUGCAGCAAGAUGCUCUUGUGCUUAUCGACUCUGUGUACUUUGUUAUGCUUGAAUUGAUACCAUGGUACUAUGUGCCGUGGCAAAGUUUCCAUUGGGGAACAGGAAAGAGUGUGAGUGCCCCAUUCCAGUGAUCACAGGCAAUGGGACAGUUGGCAAAAGUGUAUGGGGGUCACUGUGGGAGAUGAGACUAUGGAUACCUGCGUCCCAUGCCCCAUAGCAAACUUCUCCCCUGUCCACAAGUUCCUGGUAGUUGUUUCACUUUGCCUUCUGACUUUGUAGUGCUGUUAAUUAAUGCUAGUGACUUAUCCAUGAUUUUUUUGUGGAUGAAUGGGCUGACCUGGGAUGUAUUGUGGAGACCUCGGAGGGUGGGGUGGGCAGAGUAGAUCUGACUCCGAUUUGUCCUCCUCGAUACUCUGUGCAGCAUCCACAUAAACUGGGGAACCAUCUUGCUCACCACGAAGGUGCGUUUCCUUUUAAUGGUCCUGGAAGGCCUGCAGCUGGGACAUAGAGACAGGCUGGGAAUUUGCAGCUUCCCAUAAUUGUUGUCCAUCUUUGAAUAUUUACUGACACAGUAUUCUGAAGUGUACUGAAUUACAUGCAUGUUAUAUACAUCCGGGAUAAUCUAUUGCUUGGCUUCCUAAAUAGAAAUUCCAGAGGGAAUAGCCUUGUUAGUAUGUCAACUGAAUAUAAACUGUUAAAUUAAACACAUUUAGGUUGGUUUGGCUUUGGCUAGUUUCCCUUUCUAUCCAGCAGUUAAAGGGGAAUACAAAAAGUGGCAUAAUAUAUCAAUCCCUUAAGCACUAAUAUUAAAAAAAUACAAAAUGGGGUCUGUGGCUGGUUUCAGACUGACUACUCAUUGCAAUUCUUUUCAAAUAUAGGGUGCAUCUGAAAAAGACAUUGUCCAUUCUGGUUUGGCCUACACCAUGGAGCGUUCUGCUAGGGUAUGUAUUAUGUAACGGUGGAAGCUUUAACUUGUGUUGACACCUUAUCUCCAGAGGUAAAUUGUAGAGGCACAUAAUAGGGUGAAAUUGUUCCUCCUCUCUCCAGUUUCUGGAUUGCAUUGAUCAGCAUUGGGUAACCUACACAGAACAUUAAAUGAACUCUAUUAUUUUUCUAACUUGCUGAUUAGCAAAAAAAAUAUUCUACCUAUAAAUAUAGCAACAAGUAGUGGAGUCUGUUCUGCCUGGUGAAGUACCUGAUUAGUGUUGCCUUAGGCUGCCCUGUUCCCUGUUGUAAGCUCAAUAGUAAGCCCUUUUGAGCAGAGUGUGUACAUGCAUAUGAUUGCACUGUCUGUCUCAGCUAAACCAGAGUGAAUACACUGAGGCAGCUCCUCAUUUCUACCAUCUGUCUGGAACAGCAGCUGACUUAAAAUGGUUUGCUCUGUCAUCAGUUCUGUGGUGUGUCUCUCAGCCUCUUCCAGGAUCAGAGUAGCUGAAUGUCAAUGCCCCAACAUUUAGAAAGAAUGGGUAGGUCCCUGUGCUUAAUAAACUGUAGAAGUAUUCAGUUACCACUUUGUUGGCUACCUUGUGCCAUUUAGAAAAUGAAUAUGAAACCCGAGCUAAUUAAGGAGCAUUAUAUUCCUUAUUCAAUGACUUCUCCAAGUCAGAUCAAUAUUAACAUUGUACGUGUAUUCAAUAAGAGCUCAGUAAAUAUUUUGUACUCACAUUGUAACAUUUUUGUAUUCUCUAGCAAAUCAUGCGUACUGCUAUGAAGUACAAUCUAGGUCUAGACUUGAGAACAGCUGCCUACGUCAAUGCAAUUGAGAAAGUCUUCAAGGUGUACAAUGAAGCUGGCGUGACCUUCACAUAAACGGAUAGUCAUCUGCCAAGGUCUGGCACCCUGUUGCAUACCCUCUUCAGAAAGCAUAUUUCAAGUUUACAUAUAACCACAGAAACCCCUCUUUUCUCACUUAACUAUAGCGGAUAUGAUUCUCUGUUGGCUUCAGUUUGAGUUAGUCUUUCAUCAUUAAAAAAAUAAAUAAAUCUGGGCGUUAGUGCUUCAUGCCGAAAGAUAUCUAAAGAUAACCAGUUCAUAUGCACUUGUUUUGGGGGAAGGGGGGAGGUUCUAAGUAUUCUUUGCCAUGAAACUUUAAAAAAGGUACCUUUUUAUUGUAUGAACCUGUGGUCUAGCCACAAUAAGCAACCUAGCAAAGCUUCAGAUGACACGAGUGUGUGCUAUUGGAGCAAAUAGCCAACUAUUCAUGCACUUUGGUUUUCAAACAAUGACUCUCCCAGCUUUGGCACUUUGAAUAAAGGCCUUGGAUGAUCAAUGCGGUGGCAUUAUCAGCGACAGAACGGGCCUCCUGCAGGGAAUAUCUUUGAUAGGAUUCUCAUUUUUACACUUAGCAGCAUCAUAUACCUGGUUCCCCUUAGGCAAUGUGUGUUUCUUUUUAUAAUCUGUGCUCCUGUUACAGGGAUGCCUUUAAAUCAUGUACUCAUCCUCUACUCAAGCACUGCAAGGUGCACGUAAAAAGAUGGGUUCCGGGAGCUAGUAUUUUUAUAAGCUGAAGCAGUAUCAUUGUUGUACAGGCACCCAGCGAAAUUAUCUCUUGUGUUUAAUCUUAUCGCAGCAUAUUCAUUAAACUUGUUUUUUAAAAUAAGAAUUGACAUGUACUUGAGCAUAAUCUUAGGUAGUCCAAAGAACUUGUGUAGCCUCUUACUCAGUUGUGUUUUAUUGUCUGAGAGCUUUUAGCGUUAGCUAUUGCCUCAAUGAACAAUUAAAUCAUUGGCAACAAGGAGGCAAGCUGCUACUACAAACUUUGUGUAGUGUCCUAACAUGCUGACUUUGUUCUCUUUUUUUUGGCGGUUUGCAUAUUCUGAACAUAAAUAGUUUAAUACAGAGAGGGCCUUGAAGCCAGGACUCGAUCACAGUUUUGAGGAUUCUUGAUAGGUAUUUUGUCCAGAGGAGUCCUAUAAAAGUGCCAGGUAUAUUUAUGUAAUGAAUAUGAAUGUUUUUUUUUAAAAAAACCCAAACCCAAGCCUUCCCAGAACUCAUGCUUUUUUCUAGCGACUUUGUAACUCAUGACAUAACAUGGUAACAAAAGCAAUUAUUAAAAGUUGACCUUUCCAAACA